CGGAAUCAUACCGCACUGUAUGCCGGCAUGAGCCAGCGUCAUGAAUUCACAUGCUCAAUCUAUUGCGCAAAUGGCACAACACUUUCAAACAACCCAAGAUGAGCACAACAGUCCAAAUGGCCUCAAACGCAAGGCUGAGGACGAGCAUGGUGGCCAGACCUCACAACGAUCGCGUCGCAAUCGUUAUGUGUCCAUCGCGUGCAACGAAUGCAAGCGACGAAAGAUAAAAUGCAAUGGCGAGUCGCCGUGUCAGCGUUGUGGCAACCUCAGCCUGGAAUGCGUGUACAAUACCAACUGCUGCAGUGCCUUCAAGGACUCGCAGGAAUAUAAAGAGAUGGCGGCGCAUAUCAUCGCUCUCCAGGAGCAGGUAGCUGAUCUAUAUUCCGGGAUGAAUGCGAUGCGAGACCACUUGGAUCAGAGAGCUCAACUGCUACAGCAGCCCGCCCAUACACCUAUCGACCCGUCAUUGCAAUCAGUGCCGUAUCCCUCCAGCCGCGCACCACACACGUCAAUCAGCACUUCACCUUUGCCCGCUGCUUCCAUGUCGCCUGGACCACCGAGGAGCCAACGGCAAAACUCCCAAUCAACCUUUCGCGGUCCAACUAGUACAGAGUUCAACUUUGGAGUCGCGCAAAACAGCCUUCAAACCAUGGGCAUAAUUUGUCAGGGAGUCAAAGGAGACGGCGCUAGCAAUGUAGACAUAUCACCAGAGAGCCCGCCGCCCGAAACUUCACACCAUGGGCCAUUCACUGCCAGCAUACAUCCAAGUAAGGAUCCCAUUUGGGCAGUUACGAAAGAGGAGGCGCUCCGUCUGUGCCGGGUGUAUGAGGACGAAAUCGGCCUUAUGUAUCCUGUCUUGGACAUCAACGAGAUGGUAGGUUUCGUCGACAAGUUGUACAGGUUUAUGGACGCUGUCAGGCGAAGCGGGUUAUUUCAGCCAAACGAACCUGGAUCUGACCGUCUGGAUGAUGAGGAUACCAAUCUUCUCAAACUCCUGCUCGGUGCUGCGAUGACGGUAGAAGCCUCGGGAAGGAGUGAGCUCGGUUUGCGCCUCGUUGAGUCCGUUCAGCCCGCUAUCGACCGUAUGGUCCUUAGCAGCGUCACCAAGAAGAAUGCUCAGAUUCUAGCCAUGGCGGCUAUGUUCGAAUUUCAUCGUGAUGAUGAGGGUGCGGCCUGGCGACUGACAGGUCUGACUGCUCGUAUGUGUAUCGAGCUUGGGCUGCAUCGCCGCGAAACCUACGACGCAAUUAAGGAUGAGAAAGCACGUUCCGAUCUCAUGUCACUUUUCUGGGCAAUUUACAUUUUAGACCGGCGGUGGAGUUUUGGCACAGGGAUGCCAUUCGCUCUACAAGACUCCGACAUUGAUCCGAAUGUGCCUAAACCAGAGGAUACAUCUCCCUAUCUAUGUGCGAUGAUUCAAUACUCUGCUAUAAGUAGCGAGGUGUGGCGGACGGUCGCGACUGUUCCAACAAACAAUUCAGCAUCCACGACCAAGGACAUGGCAUUCCUAGACUACCAAAUCUUGCAAUGGCACCAGAAUCUACCAGCAGAAUUCCGCUACGAACAUCCCUCGCAGCCGACAAAGAGCAUCGAGACAGGCGUAUCGCGCCCAAUGCAGCGAGUGCGGAUAUUAAUGUACUUACGGACCAACUCGAUGCGCAUUCAGAUAUAUAGAGGCGUGUUGCACUCGGCGACAUCCAUAAUGCAGCACCGAGAGCAAGCUCGAACGGUGGUAGGAGUUGCCAAGGAUACUAUGCGCGUGCUAACACAUGUCAACCAAACCUCAGACAUCUAUCGCACACAACAAGUGCUCUUCAACGCAUUCUUGACGUCGGCACUGGCUGUGUUGUUCUUGGCCGUCAGUCACACUCCUGCUGUUUUCGCCGAUCAGGUUCGGGAAGAAUUCUUCAUGGCUCUCGACCUAGUUCGAGGCUUCAGCAAAGGAAGUUGGGUGAGCAAAAAGCUCUGGAAGACUAUCCGUGUUCUGAAGGACUUCGCACCGCGGCUGGGCCUGGGCCAGCAACAGGAUCGUGCAAAAGACAAAGCCUUGGUCCCAGCUUCAAAAGCGAGCACGACAACGGCGGACUUUGACCCGAAUCACUCGGCAGCGGUAGCUAUGGCUGGCCUCGCCGGUCACAAUGUUGACGAGAUUGCCAUAAACUAUCGAAAUUCGGCGCCCGGGAGGUGGAUGAAUGUGGCCAGCGUAAGUCCGGAGGGCAUGGCGGAUGACCUGACGAGUCUCUUCGAAGCGGCUGGAGUUUAUCAAGCGAAUAUCGGUGAUGGACCGUCACAGGAUGCGGCCUAUCUGGGCGUCAACGGAGCAUCUGGACCGCUGAUGGGCGAGGACGAUCUCCGACAUAUUUUCAAGGAGCUGUUUUAGAAAUUGAAUGAUGCAGUGCAGAUUCGACACGAGAUCUACUUUUAUACGAGAUAAUUCCUCGAGAUUCCAAAUUCAUGUUACGUGUUUGGCAGAU